GCUCCAGACUCUCCCUCCACACCCUUCCAACCAUGAUUCUUCAAGCAGUCUUGGACUGUCUGGAUUUCUGGAGCAUUCUGCUCUUCGUCUUUAUCUUCCUGUUGAUGGCUGAUAUCCUGAAAAACAGGAAUCCACCAAAUUAUCCACCAGGACCUUGGUCCCUGCCCUUUUUGGGAAACAUCUUUACGGAUCUUGAAUCAAAGACAAUGAUGAAGCUUGCUGAAAAAUAUGGCAAUGUUUUCAGUCUGAGGAAAGGCAGCGAAAAAAUGGUGUUUGUAACUGGAUAUAAAAUGAUGAAAGAAGCCUUGGUUACUCAGGGACAAAAUCUCGUCGAUCGUCCAGAUAUCCCGCUUUUUAAUAAAGUUUUUAAAGGAAUUGGCUUGAUUAGUAGCAACGGACACAUGUGGAAGAAGCACAGGAGGUUUGCUGGGACCCACUUUAAGAACUUUGGGGAAGGAAAGAAGACGAUGGAGCUGUUCAUCCAGCAGGAGUGUGUGUUCCUCUGUCAGGCCAUGGAGGACGAGCAGGGCGGAUACUUUAACCCAAUGGUGAUGCUACACAAUGCCGUCUCCAAUGUGAUAUGUACUCUGGUUUUUGGGCAUCGCUACGACUACAGUGAUGCCAAGUUCCAAAAUCUUCUACGCUUGGAUAACGAGUGUAUUUACUUGUGCAGCUCAGCUCGUGUUCAGCUAUAUAACCUCUGGCCAAGGUUAUUUGACUAUUUACCUGGACCUCACCAAACAAUAUUCUCCAACUAUGACCAAAUAACCACCUUCCUGAAAGAAGAAAUAGCCAAACAUAAGAAGGACUGGGACCCGUCUGAUCCACGUGACUUUAUCGAUGCUUAUUUUGGUGAGAUGGAUAAGAUGGCAGCUGAUUCUGAAGCUGGGUUCACCACCGAGUCUCUGUUAAUCUCCACUCUGGACCUGUUCGAGGCGGGGACAGAGUCUUCUGCCACCACGCUGCGCUGGGGCCUCCUCUUCAUGAUGAAGUAUCCAGAAAUUCAGAAGAAAGUCCAGGCUGAGAUUGACAGAGUGAUCGGACAGGCGCGGCAGCCCUGCAUGGCAGACCGGCCGAACAUGCCGUACACCGACGCUGUCAUCCACGAGACGCAGAGGAUAGCUGACAUCUUGCCUCUAGGAUUCCCCAAAAUGACCAGCAAUGACAGCACACUGGGGGGGUACUUCAUACCAAAGGGGACGAGUAUAACCGCGAUCCUAACCUCUGUACUGAAAGAUAAGUGCGAGUGGGAGACUCCGAACACCUUUAACCCGGGGCAUUUCCUGGAUUCCCAGGGCCAGUUUCGGAGACGGGAUGCAUUCUAUCCUUUUUCAGCUGGACCAAGGGCGUGUCUGGGGGAGCAGCUGGCUCGGAUGGAGCUCUUCCUGUUCUUCACCUCCCUUCUCCAGCGCUUCACCUUUGCUCCACCCCCUGGAGAAGAAGUUGACAUAGAAGGAGUGCUUGGGUUCACCUAUUUCCCAAAGCCCUACAAGAUGUGUGCUACACCCCGCUGAGCUUCUACACAGGAAUAAACAGCACCAGGCUACGGGAAGCACAUUAAGAAGCACAUCCCUGCGUAGAUCCUCCACAAAACUUUUAUGAUCUCAUAAGUUUCAAUAGCUAUUAAAUUUGUUUGUGAUGUAUGCUAGUCAAUUAAAGCCUAUGUAUUCAUCAGUAGGAUGCAUGCACUAUAUGUAAAAUAAUAUAGAAGUAUAGAAAUAAUAUAAGUAUUAUACACUAUAUAAAGGAAGUUUAUCAUAAGGCGCUUUCAAAAGACCUAAACAUACAUUCUGUAAUGCAUUCUGUACAAACUUCAAAAGAUUGACAUUCAAUGAAAGAUGAUUAGUGUCACGUGUGAAACAAGAUUGCAUGGAAGUUUUGUGAAAGGGAAGGUGCCCUAUGAAAAUGUCAAGGGUGAACAACCAUAUUGACAAACACCAAAAACAGCCUUUCAGGAAAAUACUUUUCUGGAAAAGUAUGGAAGUUCAAAAAUAGAAGAAAAAGGGUAAGAAGUAAAGUAGGAGUUGAAAGUUUUGCAAUUAAGUCACAGUAAACCGAAAAAAACAACAAAAAUGAAAAAAAAUACUGAAUUAAAAUUCAGAGGUGGAAAAUUCAGGUCCAGAAAGUACAAAUCCAGACCAAGGUUUUAUUUCAAACAACCAGCUAGUAUAAAGAGUCACAGUCACAGUACUCAACUGGUUGGCUGAAACAAAACCUUGGUCUGGAAAACCAUUCUUGACCAGAACUUUCCACCUCGGCUAAAAAUGAAUGGUUUUAUUUACAGUAUAUACACAGGAUUUAACCACUUCACAUUAGAGCAUAUGCAAAUUAAGAGUAACUAUAAAAACCAGUAAUAAUUUUGUUGGUUUCUGAAAAGUUACUGAUAUCUAGCUGGAUGGGGAGACUUCCAUGUAUGUAUUAAAUUUCACCACCAGCUCACUUAAUUAAUUGAAUUAGUUUAAAAAAUCAAUGAGAUAUUGACUAGCCCCUGCCUUGCACCAGUAGCCUUUGGGAUCAGCUCCAGACCUCCCACAACUCUGAAUAAGAUAAGCGGUUUCAGAAAUGGAAAUGGAUGGAUGGAAGAGAGUAAAGGUCCAGACCAGGAUUAUGUUUCAACCAGCCAGUUGAAUACUGUGUGACUGUAAUUCUUUAUACUCAACUGGUUGUUCGAAACAACUGGUUGAUCUGGACUUUUACUCUCUGGACCUGAAUUACCCAACUCUGGAUGGAAGAAUGGAUCUGCUACAGUAUACUAGAUCUGCUAGUUACCAAGUCAAAAAAUACAUGGGUGCACUGAAUGGUUGCUGCAAAUACUGGGGUCAUUUUUAGCAGAAGUUUUAAAAUAACUAAGCUAUCACACUUUGACAGGCAUAAUAGCAUAGCUUUACACCAACAUGAAUAUCAUUUAAACAUUUUCUUUGGCUGCCUAAGACUUUUGCACAGUACUGUAGAUGGACACAUCAGGAGCCAUUUGAAGUAGCAUUGCUUCAAAUGUAAAAUCUUUUAUGAUUUUCGGUUCAAUUUUUAAGAGUAACAUGAAAAUGGCUGCCUUAAUGUCCAGAGCUCCAAGGUUUCUGUAUGAAACUAAAGCCAUCAAGUGGGGCUUCAACCAGAUGAACAGUGCCUGUGGGUCUGAGUCACGUUUAGUUCAUAAGCACAGGUCGACAUCAGUGUCAAACACCAUGCCGUUGACACGAGAGACAGAACGUUCAGUAAGGAGCAUUUUAUGUUGGGUUCAUGUUUUGGCUCAUUUAAUCUUAUCAUUGGGAUUGAUAUUAAAGAUUUUUGUGCUGGUUUUGCUAUCAUUAGCUGGACGCUCAUGAGUGACAAUCCACUUUCAAAAUGAUAACAUCCCUCAGAAAGUUCCAGAAUACUCUACGUAAGAUCCAAAUUAGGUGUAGUAGCCUAUUUUUCUUUUCACUAAAUUUUUUUACGUAACUUUGUUCACUCACGAAUAUGAUUAAUAGUUUGAUCAAAAACAUAUGAGCACUACCUAUUUUAAUUCUUUUUUAAGCUAGCAAAGAGGAGCUGGUUGCUGCAAUAAUAUAUGCCGGUAGUUUAUUUUUAAGCCAUUUGUUUAUGUAUAUGUACAACUGUCUGUUAAUAAAAGUGCCUGUGUGACACUGGG